CAAAAAAAAAAGGGGGGCUCACUUACGAAGUUACGAGUUUCCUUGUGUUAAAAUCUAAACAAACUUCUUAUCCCGAAUAACCUCAAUCCUCAAGAGAUUCGAAUAUAUCUCUUCGAUACCUAACUCUUCCCACUCCGUAAACAUUCUUUAUCCUCAAGAGAUCCGUACCAUCUCUUCUUUUCUUUUCCUUUUCUGUUCAAUACUUAUACUUCCAAUCCGAAUCAACUUACUAUCUCAAGAGGUCCGAAUAUCACCUCUCCUCCGGUCGACCAAGUCUGAGAAAUCCGACCUAUCAUCCCCCUCCUGAAAAGAGUCAUCAACCCUCUCCACGAAACAACCCACCCCAGCAGUCAUACAAGAUGGCUACUCACGCCUCCAACCAAUUCUACCACCUCAACGGACCCCGUCCUCACCCUCGCUGUGUCCAGUUCAAGAACAAGAACAAGAACAAGAACAACAAAAACAAUACCACCUCUCAUAAAGACGAUCAAUUCAUUGACGUCUUCCUCCGGCCUCAAACCCGACCGAGGCAGAACCAACGUCCACCCACCUACCGAGUCCCCUAUGGACAACGCAAACCUUCUUACAACAAACAACCUCGUCCUUAUGAUGAAAUCACCAAUCCUCGGCCUCAAUAUCCAAAGAGGCCAAACAACCCUUAUUACAACAAUCGUCCUUACAAAAACAACACCCAUCCUGGACAAGGAAAGCCCUUCUAUCGUACCGACCGCGACGGAGACGUUCUUAUGCAAGACGUCUUCACCAAACCCUCCAAUCAAUCAACUAACCGAGUCAUCAAACGCGGACAGCAAAGGCUGCCUCGCAAAUACAUCCAAGAUAUUGAAAUGAUCGAUGCUCCGGUCGAUUUCGAUGGUGAUACCAUUAUGAUGGAUGUCUGAUUGUCAGUUGUUGGGAUGUCUGCUUAUUUUUGUGUAUAGAGACUGAUUGAUAGUAGGAUAUUCAUAUAUUCAUCCAUUCAUCCAAAUAACCCAACCUACUACUAACCAUCAACCAACCAGUCAAGGCAUUUAGCGGAGGAAAACAAGGAAAUCAGGGAAGCAAAGGCAAUCAAUGGAGGGAAACAAGAGAAAUUAGAGAUUCAUGUCUUGUGUGAUAUCUUGUUUUAUGGUAUCAUGAUGGAGGAAAAACAAGGAGAUUUGGGGUUCAUGUUCGUGUUUUGUGAGAAGUUUUGUAUGGCUCACCUUGGUCAGGUUUUUAACCUUGCACGGAAAGACAAGAGACCGACAAGGAAGUUUCCCUGGCUCAUCAACCCAAAUGGGGGGUGUUGUCUGAUGAAGAAAAGAAAAG